UAGAAACCAAUACGGUGGGAGCUGUUUCGCCUGCUGCAACUGAUGUAGAUUUCUUACUAUUUUCUUGGCGGAAGGAAAGCAAAGCCGGCAGUAUUUCACCACCAAGACCAAGCUAAGCUAGGGCAAGGUUACGGCCAGGUGGAAGGACGGAGUUUGAAAGCGAGUGCGAAGUUUUAUCUGACAUGCGAGGUUGAAGUCGUCUCCCAGUCGUCAGGCAACGGGGCCGGUCACAGGCCUAACGCUCAGCUGAUCUAUCACUUACUCUGAAUCACCAGGGAAUCUAAAACCUCAUCAUUUCAAAGAUGUCGUUUGUCCGCCAGCGUUGAGCCACUCAUAAUCCUUUUGGAAUGGCGCGGGAUCCUUCACAUCCUGACUGGCCGAUUCCGACUAUGGCGGAUCCGUUGGUCAAACCCUCGCUGAAACCCAAACCGGCGUUCGUCCAAGCGGCAAGUCCCUCCCACGGGGGCGGGGCUUAUGAAAUGGAGGAUGAUAUGGGCGAGCCGGUGUACAGCCCAAUGCCCAUUGAUGCCAGUUCAAAGAUGUCCAGACAGGAGAAUGGUGCACAUUCCCAGCAGCCCAGUCCUUCCAAACCCCCCAGCAGCCAAUCAGAAAGCAGUAUUCCAGAGGUCACAGGAGGUCAAACGCCGGAGGUCAGUCGCUUAGCAACUGACCCAAGUGAGAUCAUUUACGAUGAUGUGGUCAACCCAAGCGACCAGCCCGAGGAUAUAUACGUUGUCUCCAGUGUCCAAUUCCAACGCAGCACUCACGAAAAUAAUUCCAACAAUAAGUCGGAGCUGGCUCACCCUCCGAUUCCAGAGGAGGACAUUUAUGAUGAUGUCAUACCCCCUAGUAUGGCAGGGGUUCAAGUCCUCCAAGCCCAGUACGAAGGAACCGACAACCAACUUCCAGCGCAAGGCAAUGCAAACGGCAACAUAGAUGCAAACGGGAACACAAAGCCGCGGAAAAGUCGGCCGACGAACUUGGAAAUGCCGAGCAACUACCGAGAGGCUAGGGACCAGACUGUGAAACUGGCCGCCAUCGUCGAGUCGCGGAAACAGCCAGACCCGCUCAGCUACGACGCCAUGCUGUCGUACGCCACUGAUAGCAACGCCACCGCGAUCAAGCCGAGAUUUGCAUCCCCCCGGAGCGGCCAGAGGGAUGAUGGGAAGGACUCGUCGGAUCCGACGAUCUACGAAGUGACGUGCCUCGGCGAAGGACCCGGGAACGAGGGUCGGUCCAACGGAGGUGAGCGUGGGGAAAACCAAGGCUGGCAUGAGAAUGAAAUUUACGAAGGGUAUGAGGGUGAGUAUGCCCAAGCUCACUCCCGUCUGUCGGCUCAGUUUGAUGCCUUGGAAUGCGACGCUGAGGAGAACGGUCCUUAUGAAGAUAUGAAUUUUGACGAGGGGGAACAAGGUUUCUUCAUCGAUGAUGACCUGCUCUACGAAGACCUCCUUGAUAUCAACGAAGAUGAGGAUGCCGAACCAAUCAUGGAGGACUCGGACUCCAGCUGGGGCUCGGAGGAAUGGGACGAUUACUCGGACGAAGACAGCGACAGCGAGCUGGUCCACAGCUACGUCAUCGAGCCCAACUCUCCCGCACCGGGGAAACGAGCAUCGCUGGACAACAAGGCCGCCACGCGGCAACGCUCAUUGGUCACGACGUACGGGAUGGACCGUAAGGAGGAUGAAAAACCACAGUCGUAUCUAGAUUGGGUGAAAGAGUUCCGAGGUCGUAGUAACCUAGACAAGGUGAGGAACUUCUUGUUUGGACGACAUGCUGGACCCAAGGAGGAGGAGAAAGAAGACCUGGAUGAAGACAAGGAUGAUAUCCACUACAUUGACGUCAAGCUGUCGCAGAUUAAGCACCCGCCCCCGGCUCUGCCUCCCCAACCCAAGGGCCUAACAACUGAGGAGGUUGUCCGUCGACAUGUGGUCCAAUCCAUCAUUGACAGUGAGAGGUCUUACAUGCUAUCACUUCAGCGGCUAAUCCAGGCUUACGAAAAGCCCCUUCUAGACAGUCACCCGCCUCUUCUAGAGAAGGAGAAAGUGCGUAUGAUCUUCUACCGAGUCCGUGGCAUCUACCAGUGCCAUCUCAUGUUCCAGAUCGCACUGUCCAGCCGCGUCAAGAACUGGGACUCCUUGGAUCAAAUCGGGGACGUCUUCGCUGCCUCGUUUUCCAAGGCGAUGGUGUUGGAUGUGUACAGUGCCUACGUCAACAACUUCACCAAUGCAAUGGAAGUAGCCAAGAGAGCGGCCGCCCAGAAGCCAGCAUUCAGAAACUUCAUUGAGACUCGGCAGACAAGUAGCAGCGAUCGUCUCAGCCUCUAUGCACUCAUGCUGAAACCCAUUCAGCGCUUCCCGCAAUUCAUAUGUCUUCUCCAGGAUCUCUUAAAGCGUACGCCGGCCGGUCACGCGGACCGCAUGCCGCUCCAGCUAGCCCUGACUAAGCUAGAAACCCUGGCCAGCGUGCUGAACGAGAGGAAACGGCAGAGCGAGCAACGCUACGCCGUCAAGCAACUCAUGAAAUGUCUCAACGUCAAGUUCUCCGUCAAGUUUAAGAACGACAGAAGUCGAUGGUUGAUCAGACAAGACGAUAUGCUGCAAACUAGUGAAACUUAUGACAGUCAUGGGGAGAUUAUUAAAUGCAAGGAACGACGUCUCUUCAUGCUCAACGAUCUUCUUGUCUGCACGACGGUCGUGUCAAAAACCUUGUCCCCAGGCUUGUCUCCUGGCUUUGACAUGCCAAGAUGCAAGCACAGGUGGAGCGUUCCAUUGAGUGAGGUGGAGGUGAUCGAGCCGUCCGGGGAGGGAGGGACAGAAGUGGAGGUGUCUCAAGAACCGGGGAAGCUGACGAUCACCACGCAGCAGGCUGAGGAACCAGACUACACGUACACAGGUUCGGCAAGACAGAUGUACCAGGAACGCAACGAUCUGAUGCAUGACAUGGCCGUCGUCAGACAAAUCGGCGCUCUCCUCACCACACUCAAGGGUUCGUACAGUACACUGACCAAAGAGGACGUGGAAGAUUGGGCCGAGAUCAUCCAAAAACUCAUCCAGAAAAAGGGCCAGGAGAUCAAACUAGCUGAUGUCAGUAAGAUACAGCUAUCACUGCCGGCUGUAGCAUUGGAGAAGCGAGUGAAUUUGGUGUUCGAUGCGGUCAGCUCUAAAACCAGAUUAGACUGGAUCACUGCCUUGGAGACAGCCAAGCUGGCCUUGCAGCCUCACAACAACCCCGGUUGGCACACGUCGGAGGACAGCGACAACGCUCACGCCGAGAUGAACUACGGCGUCCCGCUUCUCAUGAAACCCUUGCCCGUAUUCACGACCAGACAAUCAGCAAAGAUCCAGUGCGCAGUCUUGUGCCCCUUGGAACCGGCCUACUCCCGCAGCACGCGGAAAAGGACCCUUGAGAGCGAAGCCACCAGGAAUUGUCUCUGGGUGGUCAGCUCCGACAACAAGAAAUCCUACAUCAGCAUCGUAGGCUUCCAGCCCCCGGCCCCCAAGAUCCUGGAGACGUUUGAGCUGGGCGAGCUGAGGAUUCUGUGCGCGGAGUCCGUGCCGGGGGUCACCCGGAACGCUGGCCUGGCCGGCACGCAGGGGAAGAGUUUCAGGGAGAGCGUGCGAAGGAGUGAGUUCUGCCUGAUGAAGCCGACGGUGUGGCUGGGCACAGAGAGCGGGAGGAUUUGCAUCUACGAGGCCAGCCAGACAGACAAGAACCAGUGUCUGGUUAGCUUCAAGGUUCCCCGCUCUGUCACGUCCAUGAAAUACCUGAACAAUCGCAUGUUUCUAGCCCAGAAGGACGGCACGGUUCUCAUAUACCACAGGACAGAAGAGGGUGAAUGGAAGGUGAAGGAGCCUAGAAUAUCAGAGCUUGGUUCGAAUCCCGUCACGGCACUCCUAGCCGUCAAGCAGCACAUGUGGUGCGGCUGUGGCAACCAUAUCCACAUCAUUGACACGGAGAGCGAAUUCUCACAGACUGACUUUGAGGUUCACCAGGAUACCUCCCAAGGUGUUCAGAGCAUGGUGGUGGCCGGCGUCGGUGUCUGGGUGGCCUUCCAAACGUCGGACAUCAUCCGUCUGUUCCACACGGAGACUUUACAAGUCCUGCAAGACAUCAGCCUUGCCAGUCCUAUCAGCAGGAUGGUAGCAGGUCUGAAUCCCAAGUCCCAAGCCAUCUUCCAGAACGUCCACUCGGUCCAAGUCAGCAAUCUCCUGGCCUGCCAUGGCUCGUUGUGGGUGGGCAGUGACCUGGGCAUCUUAGUCAACUUCCCCCUGCCGAGGCUGGAGGGUGUCCCCUUGGUCAAUGGGCCGGCCAUGGUGGCCUAUCACACCCACGGGGGGCCGGUCAAAUUCAUGCUGGGACUGGAGAUCAACCGACAGAGCGAUCGCAUCCAUUACUCAUCCAAGGAGGACAGCAAUGACACUUCCACACCAACGCCGACCCAAACGCCUCACUCCACCCCGAUGGAGGAGGUCCCCGCCCGUGCCACGCCCCCUCGGACCAAAGCCAGCGCCCACACCGCUAACCUUGUCACCUCUGCAAUGUCCCCGAUGACCGAGUACUUCUCCUUGGCCUUCCACGAAGCGGACGACAACGAUGACGACAAACCCAGCACGACAGACAGCGGCGCCUGCAGCAGCAAUCUCUCGGAGGAGAGCGGCCGAGGCGACAUCGUGCCUAAGGUCAAAGGUCACACGGACCAGGUGUCGGCGAGCAUCACCAGCACCACCAGCCUGGUGCUGUGCGGCGGAGAGGGCCAUAACUACCUGAUGCAGGAGGGGUCGGAGUUCAAAGGUCGGGAGGCGGAGCUUCUGGUCUGGCAAGUUUCCAUGUAGCCAAUCAAGUGUUAAUAUGCAGAUGAGGUCAAGGGGCACAGUUCACAUGUGAACGUUUCUCAGUUCAAUGUCAAAAUUCUUGAUUGGCCACUUAUACUUUGGAAUUUGAUUCUUUGUGCACACAAGAUCAGAUCAGAGUCAAAAGUUUUUAAUUGUAGUUUAAGGAAAAAUCACGUCUGACACAACUAAAAUAUACGUUUUUUGCUGAUGUAAAAAAAACUGAGAAAAUGGUUGCAAUCUGAUAAUAAUUAUCAACAAUUUGAUGACUUUUUUUAAAAUUCAGCUUACUUAUUUAUUGCAAACAAAAUUUUUGCAACCUUUUAAGGAAGCCUGCCCUUUACAUACACUUCACUGUCUUGCAAUGAUUUUAAUUCCUUAGUACGCAGAUAAAAAAAGAAAGAAUAUGUAAUCAACAAGGUAACAUCAUUUCCUAAGUUGUUAUCCAAUUUGGGAUAUUUUUAUCUCGCACUUUUUUGUUUUUGUUUUGGGAGCCUGUUACAUAGUCUUAUACAGCCAGUGGCGUUUUUAUGAGGAAAAUGGCAAAAAAAUCAACGAGGUUGGAAAAUUGAGCAGUGCAGUCUUUUUGGGUUUUCUACAUGUAGUGUGGGCUACGACCUUUUUUAAGAAAAGAAAACAUGUGUUUCACUGCCUCUGACUUUUUUUUAAGAAAAAUAACUGCUUUUGGUUUUAACCUUUUUUUUAAGAAUGUCUGAAUUUUUAAAAACCAUGACAACUAAAGGAUGAAUAUGUUGCAAAGAGGCAUUUAGAUUGUUUUUGUACAUAGUGUGGGGCCAUUUUACGUACAUGCGUGUAAGAUAAAACUCAACUGAUCUCACCGUUUUCAGUGCUCUACCAACUGAGCUGUCCAGCCCUAUGUUUGAAAUCUCCUUUUUCGUCGGGGCUUGGCAAGUUGUAAAUCAGACAAAAUUCAGCUGAGAAAAAGUUGCACUGUCAUCAUUUUUUGUUUUUUUUAACUAUUUAAAAAAUAACGUGCAAAAAGUUUUUCCUCAGAAAUAAUUGAAGGCAACAAGAUACAAUGUACUUGCAAAUAUACAGGUGGUUUUUUUUGUAAGAGGAAUAUUUGACAUGUGAUUUUGAAUCUUUUUUUUUUAAUUCAGAAACUCGUUUUCACAUGUGCCAAAGACUUGCGUUGCAACUUUUGCUAUGUGCAUGUGCAACUGUAUAUCGAGCGGGGCCUAGGUUAUUUUAGGCCUAAUAUCAGAGCACUGCAAAGCAUUAAAUUCCUGUUUAUAGCUUGCACAUUAUCAAUCCCACCACGCUUUUUAGAUUAUAUUUUUGUAAUGAAACGAGAUAUAGUUGUACAUGUCUCACUACAUAACUUUAAUUUGAUGCCAAGUCCGAAAAUUUGGCGCAGCUUUUAAGUUAAAGAUGGUGCGUAUCAAACUUAGAUACAAAUGCCUUCCGUGUAGAAAUAGUUUCGUUUGGUACUUUCUUUGUUUGAUAGAAAAAGGCAAAUGGUGCUGUAGAAUGUAUGCUGGUGAUGAUGGUCUGUGCAUCAGUCUGUCCAUCUGUGUAUUUGUUUGGAAGAUAUUACAUGUAUAAGGCAGGGUCCUGACACUUGCCUGAAGCCAGAAAUAACACAUGAGUCUAUGGGAACUGGCUGCAACUACUAGCCAGUGGCUUUCAUAGAUGCGCAUGUUAUUCCCUGGCAUAGCCAAGUGAUUCAGAUACUGCCUAACUUCUUCGGAGAUGAUUUCUUUAAUAAUUGAAGGUUUAUCCGUAAAAAUACAGGAAUUGGGUCAAAACGUUGACGUUCAAAGGCUUUACCAAAAUCACUUUUGUGAGAAAUUGGAAAUACGGUUUCUGAAUCAAUUUAUGUGUACAUGUUGCAAGGGACUUUUUUUAACAAUCUCAAAGUGAGAAAUGUUGUGUUACCAAACGAAAACUCAGUAAACUAAAUGCUUGGGAUCAAUAGGUCAGAGGUCAAAAUCGUUAUUUUAAAAAUAGGUUACUAUAUACUUCCUUUUGAAAAGGCUGAGUUUUUUAUAGAUACUUUCUUUUUAUAACAGCAAAAUCUUCCUUUGCAUCCUUAUGGAUGGAACCUCUGUGCAGUGAAAAAAAAUAGUUUUGGAUGAAAUUCUUAAUCUUUGAAAUCUGAAUUUUGUCGUUUUGAAAAAUGACCAGAGCUAUUUUGAAGAAAUUAGGACACUGAACGUGGUGCAGAUUUUUGUGUAUUUUUUUUUUUAACACGGCAAAAUCUUCCUUCGCAUCCUGACAGAAUGUACCUUUGCGCAGUGAAAAAAACCAUUUUGGUUGAAUUUCUUUAUAGAUAAUGAAUUGAGCCAAUUUGACAAAUUGACCAGUGCUAGUUGUUAAAGAAAUUAGGACACUGAAACAUGUUGCAGAUUUGUUUGUAGGCUUCGCCCGAUUUCAAAAUAUGACAGAUUAUUCAGCAGUCUUUUGAAAUAUCUCAGCCAAUAUAUAUACCGAUACAUGUAUUAAACCAGGUUUUCCAAAUUGUAUAGGAGUUGAAUCAAAUUAAAUAGCGUUUGUUUUACCAUCUAUAGUUGCUGCGAACGGUAUUAAACUAAUUUGAUAGAAAGCAGUACAUGUUUUCACCACAAGAUUUGCCAUAGUUGGAACGGACUCAACUAUAUGUUGUACCGUAACACUGGAUUUGUGUUAGACAGUUGCUGUUACAUUUAGUUUCAAUUUUUUGCACUUAUUGAGGUCAAUUUUUGCACAAAGCACUGUUGAUAUAUCGAUAUUACUCGAUUAUUCAAUAUUAUUUUGAUAUCGAUAUCACCGAUAGCAAUUUUUUAAUCAUAUCGAAAUAUCGAAAUUUUCAAUUUUGAGGAAUCAUAUC